UUUCCUCUUUGCUGCCUUUGUUCAAGAUGAUGAAAAGGUCAUCCUUUGUAAACGAACUGAGGACAGCUGAGGAUAUGGAAUACGCAUCCAGAAGGAAAAUAGAGAUUGGAUCCUUGGAUGUAAUUAAACUGCGAGACCCAGACCCACAGUCCAACCGGACCAAAGGUAGUGGGUUCUGGAAAGGCUUGCUGAAUAUGAUAUGUCCCAGCAAAAGGAGGGAGCAGAAAAGGAUUCAAAAACAGCAGGAAGAGAAAAACGCACUGCAUGAGGUGCAAAUGCUGAAACUGGAGAUUGAGAGAGAUCUGUAUGAAUUAAAGAAGCAAGUGGACAAAAAUGAGAAGGAGAGAAAACAAAAGAAUCAGAGGCUGCAGAAAAAAGAGAGAAAAGUCAAGAAAUUAGAAGAGACCAAGCAGCAGCUUCAGCUUGGAAUGCUUAGAGAGAUGGAUAGAAUGCACAAGGAAGAAGCUCAAGCUCAGAAGAGAAAUAACUUGAGACACAUCGUGCAGGAGUUUUUGACAGUGAAGCGAAGACCAGGAAAGAAUAUGGCUUGGAAUAAGAUAGAUGACUUUACCACAGCAAACCACAACCUGACACAAGGAUCAUCCAGGAUACAAGAUUCAAACCAGGUGAACCAGUGGUUUAAAGAGAAGCUGAGUCGAGGUGGAGCAGUGUUCGAUACUGCACAGCUUUAUAAUGAAUCUGGCACUGAGAGUCUUAGGAAAAUGUACCACCACCAAAAGGCCGAGACACUGAGGACAAAAGAGCAAGAGGAGCAACUGAGAGGAGAGCUGGAAGAGAUGAAAGAAACCAUGAAGCAGACAGAGAAAGUGCACAGGUUGGAGAUGCAGGUGGAGACUGAGAGAGCUAAAUGGACUUUGUUACAAAAAAUGAAGAAAGAGCAAGAGUUGGAGAGAAUGAAGGAGGAAGAGAAGGAAGAGGCAUUAAGGCGGGAGCUUGAGAAGCUGAGAAAAAGAAUAGAAGAGGCAGAAGAACUGAGGCAGAUCGAUCAACUGCUGUAUGCUGAGGAAGUAAAGCGGGAGCAGUUAAGAAAAAGAAUGGCAAAAGAAAAGAAAACCCUAAAGCAGCAGGCUGAGAGAGAAGCUGAAAGAGUCAAAGAACUGCACGAGGAGGAGAUGGAGAAAGAGGCAGAGGUUGAGGAUGAAAAGCCAACACUGGCGUCAUUACAGGACGAGAUGGAGAAAGAGUCAGAGGUUGAGGAUGAAAUGUCAACACUGGCGACACUGCAUGAGAAGAUGGAGCCAGAGGCAAAGAGGCAGGAUGAAACGCCAACACUGGCGACAUUACAGGUUGAGGAUGAAACGCUAACACCGGAGACAUUGCAUGUGAAGGUGGAGACAGAGGCAAAGAGACCGAAUGAAAUGCCAACACUGACGAUACCGCAGAAGGCAAUGGAGAAAGUAGAGACAGAAAACAGCAUUAAAGAAUAUGAGAGCAAAGAAGAGCAGAUCCAGGAGAAAGCAGCCAAAGUAAAAGAACUUGAGGUGAAAACUAACAACCAAUCGGAUGAACAACUGGAUGCGAUGAGAAAUGAAUGGAGAACAUGGGGACUGCAGAAGGAGACAGAAAGCAAUGAGGAAAAAGAAGAAGAUCUGUUCAAGAUGUUUGGGAAGAAGCAAACUCAAACACAAAAUCAGAAGGAGAAUCGUACUGAACCGCUGGUUGCACGAAAAAGAGAAAGAACACAAAAGGUGCCAGAGAUACGAAACAGCAUUAAAGCGAAUGAGAGGAAAAAAGACCCGAUGCAAGAGAAGGCAGCCAAAGUAGAGGCAAAAGACACCAGCGUGAUGAAGGAAAUGGAUUUGUUUGACAUGUUUGUAAAAAAGAAUGACAAAAAGCAGACCCAAGCUCAAGAUGAAAUGAAGAAUCUGACUGAGCAGCUCGCUCUGAGGAGAAGAGAAAGAACACACAAGGUUCUGGAUGAAACGCUGGUGGAGAAAACAGAGAAACGACUAACAAAGCCUUCUAACAUCCAGCACAGAGCAGGGAGACAGAGAGAAAAGACUGAGAGAAAACAUCUGGAUGAUGAUCUGAUUCUGAUGUUUGGAGCUAAAUAAAAAGAGGAGCUCUCUUCAGCAUGAGACACAAGCAAACAUGCAGAAUUUAAGUUUGUGACCCCCGGACCUCCACCAGUUGGGAUUAUGACUUGUCUUUUUUUUUCUUUUUUUAUUAUUUGUAAAUAAUCUCAACAAACUAAUACAUUUUGCAAAAAAGUUUGGCAUGUUCUUUAUGUUUCAUUUCACCGUGUUCUGUGAUAGCGCUGUUCCACCAAAAGAACCCUGGUUCUUGAACCGGUUCUGUUCAGGUUUCUUUGAACCUUGGUGUUUUGUAGAGAACCAACACACGUUUCCACCAGCUUUUGGGAACCAAACCUGCGUCAUCAACGGUGGUCGUUGCGCAACGAAAGUAAAGAGUACUACUCAUCUGCAACAGCCAUUCAGAAAUUAAAACACACUGAUCUACUUAAACUUUAAGCAUUUUAAAAAAUCAUCUACUACUGCCACAUCUAAAAACACUGUUUAAACACAAUAAAAAUCACUUUAUAAAUGAUAAAUUGCUCACCUGAGAUAAAGAUCUUGUCCCGGCUUGGAGAUCUCUCACAUCCUCAACCAUUUAUCCAUUAGUGUUAUGAAAUAAAACAAACUACAUCGUUUCCUGUUUAGCCACAAAUGUCCUCUACAAAAUCCAGCAGGGUUUAAUAAUCUAAAAAUGUAACAGAACUUUAACGGAAAUUCUCAACUCAAUUCUAGUUGGACCAUCGCGUUUGAUUGACAUCAACAUCUUCCAAUUGUGGACACUUUUGUUAAACAAGGCAAAACUGGUGCUAAAUGUUCUGUGUGUAAAAGUUAAAAUAAAA